GGGCAAGAUCCUCGCAAAAUCCGACAAAAGCAUAAAUAUCGGUGGCAGGGAAACGUCUAAACUCGGCGAUGGUGGAAACAUUUUCGCGGCAGAUUGAUGUCGUCUCUUCUGAGGGAGGAGAUGCAGAGAGUUUUAUUCCGACCUGCAAAACAGAAACUGGUGGAGUUUAUUGAGAUUGAAGAGCCGUCGCUCGGAAGACAUUUUCUUUGUGUCUCAGUUGCAGAAAACAAAGUUGUGCAGUUAUGUAUAGUGCAAUGUCAAGUAUCUGAGCCAUCCCUUAAGUCUGGAUCCAAGAAGUCCCACACCAAACGCUCCAGCAUACAAGACUGCUACAGGCGGAUGGAGAUCUGGUCCCUGCAAGACCUGACUCUUGUUGAUGGAAGGGACCCUGAUGUGGAUGACCCCUGUUUCCUGCUGCACUUUGACCAGGUGCGGGCCGUGACGGCCGUCAGCUGCUCAGCCAAGUACGCCAUUGUGCGUACGCUGGUUGCUCUCAGCGAUCAGCAUUGUCAGAGGUCACUGGACCUGCGGAACUUUGACUGGGCCUACAUCAAGCCCUGCUCCUUCUACUCCAACAGAGGAGACUGUGUUGUUCUGACACAGAUAUGCUUCUAUGCAUUCAAUUUGGUUUGUCUGUCCAUGUGUCCCGUGCCCCUGGAUGCAUAAUGAAAUGAAACAAUGAUUGUGUGUGUGUCAAUUAAAGGGUGCAUGUGUGUGAGUAAGUGUUGGCUUAUUGUUGCUUCUGUUACACUACUAGGGCUUUGAUGUGGAGUUAUUCACCGUGGAAGUGUCUGUAGCGUUAAUAUUCUGCUGAAUUUAUUUUCAUGGAAAAUGCAAGUUUCAAGCAGCUUGGUAUUUGUUAACUGUGUAAUCUUCUUUUGUGAUCUUUUAAUUACUUAU